AUGACCUCCCUCACUCAUUGUAUCAGCCGACCCGCCCCCGCGAAAACGAAACAAGCACGAGCAGACCGCUGCAGAAACGGGCAGCAGCCGCUGUUGGGUACACAGCCCCGCUCCAAACAACAGGGAAACGCUGCUUCAUUUGAUCCAACCGCAACACUGACUCUUUUCAGGAUGGCGAUGGAGCUGUACGACUCCCAGUACCUGCUGAUCCUGGCCCCCUCCCUGCUCAUCGCCCUCAUGUUCCUGUUCUUCUGGCUCUUCAUGAAGGAGACCUCCUACGACGAGGUGCUGGCCCGGCAGAAGCGCGACCUCAAGCUGCCGCCGGGCAAGCCCGACACCCGCAAGAAGAACGACAAGAAGAAGAGCAAGAAGAAGGAGAGCGGAGGAGGAGGAGGAGGAGGCGGCGGAGGAGGAGGAGGAGGAGGCGGCGGAGGGGGCGAGUCCGAGGAGGACCCGAGGGAGUUCGACCUGACGGACGCGGCGGCCGGCUCCGCCCUCGAGGAGGAGGAGCCCGCCCCGGAGCCCCCGCCCCCGGCCCCCGCCCCGGCCCCGGCCCCCGCCCCCGAGCCGACCGUCGGCCUGCGGGAGAGGAAGAAGAAGGAGAGGAAGCAGCAGGCGGCCGCCGCCCGGGCCCUGGCCGCCGCGACCCCGCCCCCUCAGCCCGAGGAGCCCGUCGCCGCCCGCGAGGUCAACGGCUCCAAGCCCGCCGCCCGCAAGAGCGAGGCCCCGCUGCCCGUCACCAAGCAGCCCAGCCCGCCCCCCCCGGAGCCCGCCGGCAAGAAGAAGGGCUCUCAGAAGAAGCAGAAGGUGGAGACGGAAGAGCCCCAGCCGGAGAUCAGAGCGGACCAGGCCCCCGCGCCAGUCAAAAAGGACGCCCCGGUAACCGUGGAUACCAAAGUGCAGGACGGCGCUCCCGCCCCCCCUCCCACCACCACCACCAGCAGCAAGAAGAAGAACGCGGCCAAGAAGCAGAAGACCGAGCCGGUCCCGAUGGAGGAGCCCCCAAUCCAGGCUGUCGGCGCCCCCCUGUUGGAAAGCGAGCUCCAGAAGGACGCGCCCGUGAAGGCCGGCGGCAAGAAGAUGAAGAACGAGACGGACAGAGAGAACGCGGAGGUGAAGCUGAAGGACUUCCUGGCCGGGCUGCGCAGCCUGGCGCUGUCUGAGGAGGAGGCGGUGAGCGUGGCCGCGGUGCUGAGGGAGAAGAGCCCCUCCGCCCUGGAGGCCUGGCACAGGUCCGCCUCCAAGUCAGACCCGUCAGCCCAGCAGCUGCAGGAGAGGGAGCGGCUCCUCACCACCCUGCAGGAGGAGGCGUCCAUCGCCAAGGAGAAGGUCAAGCAGCUGAGCCAGGAGCUGCAGGUGGAGAAGCAGAAGACAGGCCGUGCGGAGGCGGUGCUGCGGGAGCAGCGGGGGGCCAUGGAGAAGGAGCUGAACGUCAUGCAGGCCAAGGCCCAGGGAAGCUACCAGGAGGCUCAGGGCAUGCAGAUGAAGUUCCAGCAGAUGAGGGAGCAGCUGGAAGGGCAGAUCGGCCGCCUGCAGCAGGAGAACGGCAUCCUGAGAGACGCCGUCAGCACCGCCUCCAACCAGAUGGAGAGCAAGCAGUCGGCGGAGCUGAAUAAGCUGCGCUCGGAGUACGCCGGGAUGAUGAAAGAGCUGGCGGAGAACAAUGGCAAGCUGCAGCAGGAGGAGCUGCAGAGGAAGACGCUGGAGGUGAACUACAAGCAGAACGUCUCGCAGCUGGAGGCUCAGCUGCAGGAUGCCAAGCGGCGGUGGGAGGAGCUGCAGAACUACCUGCACAACGUCAACGCUGAGAGGGAGAAACUCCAGGCUGCCAAACAAGAGCUGCAGACCCAGCUCCUGGGGGUGGAGUCGGACAUGAGCAACAAGAACAAGGAGAUCCAGACCCUGCACAGCAGCCUGACCGACACCAUGGUGUCCAAGGAGCAGCUGGAGCACCAGGUGAUGGAGCUGCUGAAGGCGUCCCAGCACAGCCGGCCCGACGACUCGCAGCAGCUGCAGGACCUUCUGGCAGAGAACCAAGGUCUGAAGGUGCAGAUAGAAAACCUGCAGGCCCAGCUCUCUUCUCAGACGACCACCGUAUCCCACUUUGAGGAGCUGCAGAAACUGCUGGCUGAAAAGGAGCUCCAGCGGAAGAGUCUGGAGGACUCUCUGAACGCGGAGAGGAGCAGCGUGGCCAAUCGGGAGAUUAACAUGCAGGCCAUGCACGCAGACAACCUGUCGCUGAAGGCCGAAGUCCAGAAUCUGCAGGCUCAGAUUUCUGAACAGGCUGAACUGAAUCAGGACUCGCAGCUGGCCCUGGACCAGUUCCAGAGGAGCGUGCACGAUAAAGACGACAAGAUAAAGAUGGUGGAGACGCUGCUGGAGACGGGGCUCAUCGAAAUGGCCAAUAAGGAGGAGGAGCUGAAGGCUCUGAGGAAAGAGAAGGACUCGUUGAGAGAGGAGCUGGAGAGCCUGCAGCAGCAGGCAGCACUGCAGCCGUCGUCCGAUCCAAAGGUGGAAGAGCUGCAAAGAACGAUCCAGGAAAAAGAUGAGAGUAUGAAAGCGAUGGAGGAGAAGCUGCAGGCUGAGCUGGAGAAUGUGUCCAGCAAGGAGGCCGCCAUUGAGGCUCUGGAGCAGCAGCUGGAGGCCCUGAGGACGGAGGCGGAGCGGAGCCGGGACCGGGAGGCUGAGGAGAGCAGCUCCAGCGCUCAGCUCCUGGAGCUCCAGAAGCUGCUGGCCGUGAGGGAGGAGGCAGCACAGAGGCUCCAGAGAGCCCUGGAUGAGAGGGCCGAGGAGGCGGCCCAGAUGGAGAAACAGCUGAAGGCUCUGCAAGAGGAAGGCUCGCUGCUGAGGGACCAACUAAAGCAGCAGCAGUUGGAGGCGGAGCUGCAGCAGCAGGAGGCGGAGCUACAGCAGGAGCAAAAGCCGGCCCUAGCCGCGGCGCCCAGCCAGGAGCUGCUGACCGCGCUGGCAGAGAAGGACGCGCAGGUGGCAGAGCUGCAGGGUGAGCUGGCCGCGCUGAGGGACUCCCUGGAGCUGCAGAAGAAGAAGAAUAACGAGCUUCGGGAGAAAAACUGGAGUGCAAUGGAGGCUCUGGCAGCGACCGAGUCGAUGCUUCAGGGGAAACUCUGCAAGACUGCCAAGGAGAGUCAGGAGGCCCUGGAGUCCACGGAGGCGGAGUGUCGAGAGGUCCUGCACAGACUCCACCCCUCCGUGCCCCUGCCUGCCAGCCAGAACCACCAGGAGUGGCUGAGCGCGUUCGAGAGCGCCGUUCAAGAAGUGGCCACGGAAGCGGAGCCAGCCGCCGCCCCCGGCCCCGCCCCCGAGUCUGAGGACGCCGAUGUGACCGUGUUGACAGAGAAGCUGAAGGAGUCCGAGGAGGCCCAGAAGGUUCUGCAGAAGGACUGCGAGACGUACAAGAAAGUGCUGGCGGAGACGGAGGGCAUCCUGCAGAGACUCCAGAGCAGUGUGGAGCAGGAAGAGUCCCGCUGGAGGGUUAAGUUGGAGGUGGCGCAUAGCGAUCUGAAGGAGAUGACCCUGAAGAUUGCGCUGCUGGAGAGCGAGGUGGAAAGACUAAGCUCGGAUGGCGGGGAGCUGGAGAAUCUGAAACGGGACAAACAGCACCUGGAGUCUGAAUUGGAGAGAGCAGAACAGGAGAGCGCCACGUAUGUGACGGAGGUUCGAGAGCUGAAAGAUCUGUUGACUGAAUUGCAGAGCAAACUUGAUGGCUCAUAUACUGAAGCAGUCAGGCAGAAUGAGGAGCUGAAUUUGCUGAAGACCCAGCUGUCCCAGACCCUGUCCAAGCUGGAGGCCGAGGAGACGGAGAGGCAGAAGGUGGCCGGCGACCUGUACAAGGCGCAGCAGUCCCUGGACCUGAUCCAGGAGGAGAUCCUGAAGGAGGCCGGUCAGGCGGACCUGAUUGAGAACAGCACCAUGGCAACGCAGAGAGAGGAGAUGGACAGGAAGGAGAAGAUGACUGCAGGGCUCAACCAGACAGUGAGGGAACUGCAGCAGCUGCUCCUGGCCGUCAACAGGCAACUCACCAAGGGACAGGAAGGGGAAGGGGACAAGGACUCGCCAGAGAUCUAAAGCGCAGUGGACCUCCUCAGCCCCUGCCUCCAGCCUUACUGCAGCGCCUCCCCUCCUCUACCCCGCCCCUCACCCCCCCCCUUCCCCACUCCCUCCCCGCUCCGCCACGCCCUGUCCACGCCUAGUCAUAAACACUGAACCCAACCGGCUCUCUCCUGUCCGUUCGUCCGCAACCCGCCUGGUCCCCCCCCCCCACCCCGCGAACGCCGCGAACGCAGGCCUCUGUCCGCUGCCGCUCAGAGUUUGCGGCGGCAGGGCGAGGCCGCAGGCGACCACCGCGUCGGACACGACUCUCUCCUCCCAAAACGAAGCUCCUCCUCCUCCUCCUCCUCCUCGUCCGCCACAAAACACAGCCACAUUCCUGACCCGACGCCCAGACCGAGAGCGAGAGCGACCCUCCAGACCCCUCCCACUGCUCCGCCCGCGCCCCGCCCCGAGCCCAAACUCCGACCACAGCACCACGCCACGCGCGUCUUUCUUUCUUUCUUUGUUAGAUUCGGGAAGGAGGUAGACGAAGAGGCCCCUUUCUUUAAAAAAACAAAACAAAAAAAACAAAAGAUAUUUGUGAGUUUUUAGUCGUCUUCUUUUUCUUUUUUCUUUUUUUUUUUUUAAAGGAAAUUACGCCAGAAACAAGUAACAAUUUAAAAUACCUACUGACCCGCACUACGUCUUGAAUCCAGGAGCCCUGCUCUUAACGUCACUCACACUUACGCGCACGCAUUCACACCGCACUGGGCUCGCAGUGUAACACGUGGUUUAGUUCGGGGGUCCUGGCCUGGGAGUUUGGGGGUUCAGCGGUAGGUGCCGUGGAGGUUUUUUGGAGCCGGUCUGUCGGGGGAGCCGCGGGCGCUGAGGGACGGCCGCGACCCCACAGCGCCGGAGAAACAGGCCAGGGACACAGUAGCGGUUUUAUCCUACUUAACUACCAGGAAGAGAGGCCUCUGUAGUCAACACUCCCUAUAUUGUUGCUAAUUUCAUUAAUACUGAUUUUUUUUGUAAAAGGUGACAGUUAUAAAGAUUAAAAGGGAUGCUUGAUAAAUA